CGCCGCCUGUCAGUGAGCGGAGCGCCGCCGGGGAGGCCUGAGGGGCUGUGCCGGGCCGCGCCGCACCGGGCUGCAGCGUGACUCUCUGAACCUGUGAGAUGGCUGUGAUGGGAAUUACCUGCCAAGAAGCUCCUGAUGCAAGCUUCCAGCAGAAGAAGGAGCUCACAGCUAGCAAGGGGCUGAAGGAGACGGCGAGCGAAAGGCAGAGCAGCGUUUGCAAAGUGGAAGACUCCAAGAAGGUCAUCUUCCAGAGCCAGUGGAAAAUCCUGAGUGAUGUCAUCACCAAAGGGACAGCAAAAGAAGAAACAGCAGGAGGCUGUGCAUCAAUUUCUAUUAUUGCCCAGGCAGAGUGUGAGAACAGUCAGGAGUUCAGCCCCACCUUGUCAGAGAGAUCCUUCAUUGCUCACAGCAAGCAGUACAGCAGGUCAGACAGCCUUGACCAGAUCCCUAACAAUGUGGCCCACGCCACGGAGGGGAGGAUGGCACCGUGGAGAGGGAGGCACCGCGGCAAGACGAAGAGGAAGCGCCACAAGAAGAGGUCCAAGCUGAAGAUACAACCAGUGGCUGCUGGCAGGAGAGGUCCCAGGACUCCAGAGCAAGAGAGCUGCACCCCAAUCCCUGUCCAGGAGGAUGAGUCACACCAAAACACUCUCUACACAAACACUUUUUGGGCUUCAGAAUUUACCAAGGCCUUGGUCUAUGAUCCACUGCCAUUUGAGAAACCAGAGCAAGUUCUGCCCCCACUCAACCCCCCCUCCCCACGGAGCCAAUACAAAGCAGAACUGCACAAGCUGAUAAGCCCCAUUCAGUGCCUUAAUCACGUCUGGAAGCAGCAGUCCCAGAGGGACAAUGUUCCACAGCCUGAAACUCUCCAUCCUUUUCCCUACAACAUCCUGCCCCUUCAUCUCCCACCCCUGGACAGUCCUCUGCAUGCCUUGAAACACAAAGCCCUGGAGCCUUACUUCCAGGCUGACCUCAGCUAUCAGGGCAGCCAGCAGCGCUUCUCUGGCCUCGGCUCAGAGUACAGCUACCCCAAAUGUGCCACCCAGUCCAUCCCAACCAGCUCAGACAAGAUUUCUGUGGAAGAAUACUUGGUGGAUGCUUUGAAGGGGAGUGUGAGCCUUGGGGAACCACAGAACUUAGCCAGCCUGGCCAAGACGUGGAGAGGAGGUGGUCUGGAGCCCAAGGAGCGGUUGGAUGAAGCGGAUGACAACGAGGGGGUGCUGCUGAACGAGAAGCUGAAGCCUGUGGAUUAUGAGUACCGAGAAGAGGUUCACUGGACCAAGUGCCAGGGGUCUCUGGGCAUUGGCUCCUUUGGAGAAGUUUACAAAAUAGAGGACAAGCAGACAGGAUUUCAGUGUGCUGCCAAGAAGGUGCAGGUGGAACACUUCCGUGCGGAGGAGCUGACCACCUGCGCCGCCUUGGCCAGCCCCAGAGUGGUGCCCUUGUAUGGAGCUGUGAAGGAAGGACCCUGGGUGACCAUCUUCAUGAAGCUGAUGGAAGGUGGCUCAUUAGGGCAACUAAUUAAGCAGAGUGGCUGCCUGCCAGAGGACAGAGCCCUCAGUUAUCUGGGCCAGGCACUGGAGGGCUUGGAGUAUCUUCAUGCUCAAAACAUCCUCCACGGAGAUGUCAAAGCUGAGAAUGUGCUGCUGUCUGAUGAUGGGAGCAGAGCUCUGCUCUGUGACUUUGGCCACUCUGCUCACCUUCACCCUGAUGGCCUGGGCAAGUGCUUGGUCACAGGGAACUAUGUGCCUGGCACAGAGACUCACAUGGCUCCAGAGGUGGUGAUGGGCAAGCGCUGCGACUCCAAGGUGGACAUCUGGAGCAGCUGCUGUAUGAUGCUUCACAUGCUCAAUGGGUGCCACCCUUGGACCCAAUAUUACAAUCACCCACUCUGCCUCAAGAUAGCUAAAGAGCCACCUCCUCUGAGGGAAAUUCCACCUUCCUGCAACCCUCUCACUGCUGAGAUUAUCAGAAUGGGUCUGGAGAAGGAGCCUGUGCAGAGAGCUUCAGCCUCAGAACUCAAAACUAAGACCAGUGUCGCUCUUGAAGAAGUGGGAGGUGUGACAAGCCCCUGGAAAGGUGAAUACAGAGAGCCCAGGCAUUUGUCUCUGCCCAGAGAAGACAAUCCACAGACCUCCCUGUCCCCCACAGCCAGCCCAGUGUCUGAGACUGCUUCUGACCCAAACCUGCCAGACAAAGUGUCCUGUGCAGGCCCAGUCCCACCACCACCAUCUCUGGAGCAAACAGAGGAGGUGCAGGGCACCCCUUGGAACGUCUGCAAGGAGCUACCAGAGACCUGGGAUCCUCCCCCUCUCUCCUCCACUCCUCUGCCCCUGAGGAGCUGCAGCCAUGUGGAGAGAGCCACAACCAUUUCAGAGCAAGAGCUUCAGCAGCUGGAGAUAGAGCUGUUCCUGAACAGCCUUUCCCAGCCCUACUCUCUGGAGGAGCAAGAGCAAAUGCUCUCCUGCCUCAGCAUCGACAGCCCCUUCGUGUCAGAUGCCAGUGAGAAGAACUCCAUGAAGGCUUCUCAGAGCUUUAGGGACACGAUGAGCUCUGGGAUUCAUUCCUGGAACAGCCAAGCAGAGGGACAGAGCUGCAGCUGGAACAACCUGCUGAGCCGCAGUCGGCACACAGACACUCCCAGCUACUUCAAUGGAGUGAAAAUCCAGAUCCAGCUGCUAAGUGGAGAGAAUUUACACAUCAGGGACUUCCACAGGACAAAGGUGGGGGACAUUGCCACUGGGAUAAGCAGCCAGAUCCCAGUCCCUGCUUUCAGCCUGGUGACUAAAGAAGGGCACCCAGUUCACUACGACAUGGAGGUGCCAGACUCUGGCAUCGAGCUGCAGUGCACCCUUGCCCCCGACUGCAGCCUCAGCUGGGCCUGGCGUGUCAAGCACGGCCAGCUGGAGAACAGGCCAUGAAGCCACUCCUGCUUGGGAGGCUUUGACCUUGCCAGAAGAAGGAAUUGCAGAAGCUUCCAAGCAGCCCUGCCGUGGAGCACCACCUGCAGGUGCUGCUGUUUUGUGCUGCAGUAGGAUAGUGGUCAGCAGCUCGCUGCUCUCGGGGCCUCACCUGCGUCGUCUGCUCUGAUCCAGGGGGUUCCAAGACACGUCCUGAGCUUAGAUGUUCCCCAGAAGAGUGGGAAGGACUCGUUUGGGUGUGAGUGUUUAGGUUGAGCUUGAGACUGGUGGGUGGAAAUUCCUGCUUUUCAGAGGAAUAGGAUUGUGCUUCCCAGGAGCAGAGGGGGGAUGGGGUGAGAGCUGCUGUUCCCCGGGCUCUGCAGGGCUUGCCCGCAGGAGGAGGUUGGGUGUCCUCGGUGGGUGGUUGUGCUGAGGGGAGCUGCCUGACUUCCUUCUAGCUGGAGGAGGAACUCGACGUUGCUGUAGGCUUUGGGUAGCAUCAGCUCUACCUCGAGCCUCUUGCAGGGGGGAAAUCAGCAGCAGUAAGGAGCUGGGUUCUUGGUUUCACCUCCCACCCUUCCCCGCAGAUGCUUCCUCCUUGAAGCAGAAGAGAGCUUUGUUCCCAGGCAGAGCUCUGCCUGCAGCUCUCCUCUCUCCAGGUCUCCUCCCGGCUCAGGAGCUCUCUGGUGUUGCUGCUGACGCUGGCUGGCAGGUGGGGCAGGAGAGGGGCUGGUGCUGUGCCUCGGUGGGCAGGCUGCAGGGCUUGUGCUCCUCUCUGCACCACUGCCCGGGCCCUGAGGUGAGCUGUCCCUUGCAGGGGGAAGGGGCAGCAGCUCUGUCGCCUCAGACAAGGUCUGAGUGUGGAGCUGGCUGGUGGAGGCCAGGACCCAGCUGUGUGUGGAGUGUGAGCCCAGCCUUGUCCUGCCCACUGAGGGCCUGGCCCCAGGCUUCCUGCUGCUCCCCUUAGACCAGAAUGUGCUGAGGCAGCCUGGAGGGCAGCUGGGCCCAGAGCACCUUCAGUCCUGAGCUGGUUUUUACUGUUUGUGAGUUCUUUGGAGCAUGCUGAGACUGCAGGGCUCAGAUUGGGGUGGGGGAGUGGGGACAGCCCUGCUGGAGCCCAGAACAAGAGCAGGGGAGGAGGGAGCUGUGAGGCUGCUGGCUCAGGACUCGAGGUCCCCGCGGUCACUGCUGUGCUGUGGUGGCUCUGCCAGAGCCCUGUGCCAGCAGUGGGCUCUGAGCGGGCACUGCCCACACCCAGCCUGAGCAGAGAAACCUCCCGAAGUGAGGUGGUGGCUCCAGGCUGCUUCUGGAGGGGGGGAGGGGCACACAAUAGGGCAGGGAUGUUGGCAGCUGUCUCAAGUGAUGUUCAGUUCAGCUGGGAGCAGUUCUGCUCUGGUCCUGCUGUUUGAGGGGUGAAGCUCCUUGGGGAGCUGCUGUCUUCCCUUUGAGCUCCCCGGGGAGCUGCUAUCUUCCCUUUGGUCUCCCAGGCCAUCAGCUGCACCAGGCAGAACUGAAGUGGUGAUGGAACCAAAGGGUGGAAGUCCUGCAGAAGAAAUGAAACCUCUCAGCACCGUGGGUGUAGCUUUGAUAGCACUUUUUGUUCUGAAGCACUUCAAUACCUUGUCCCAGACAGGCACUGCCUGAGACACCACUCGAGGAGGGUUCAGUAACCAGUGAGCACAGGAGGCACAGGGCUCCCAGGAAGGAGGCUGGCUCCAUUUCUUUCCUUCAGAUGCCUUCAGCUACUACAAAGUGUAAGCUCUGCAGCAGGCAGGAGCAGAGAAGCCUCUCCUGGCUUCGCAGGAGCUCCUGAGCAGACGCUCAGAGCACCAACCACGCCUGGCACCCUUCCUGGGCUUCCUCUCCGGGAGGAGGAGGAGGAGGAGGAGAACCUGAUGGUUGCGUGUAGGAAGAGGCAGUUGGUGAUGUGACACAUGGCUGUGGGUGACACACGGCUGCUGGUGACGCCAGAGCCUCGUCUGCUGCCUUCCCAAAGGCUGCACCUGGGGCCAGGGUAGCUUUGCCCACCGGUGUGAGACUGAGUGCUGCUGAGCAGCAGCAGGGUGGGAUGCAGCAGCCCUCUGCUGACAGCACUUCUGAGCUUCAUCUGUAGCAUUAACCUCAAGCUCAGGCACCUACAGGGAGGGAUGAAGGCUCUUAACCCUUGUGAAGCCAGAAUGCCUUUGCUGGGUGGAUGGAGGUGGCCAUGUGCUGCUGGCCUCUCACACCAGCAUCAGCCAACACCUCCAUCCUGCUCACCUUGGCCUUCAGUCCUGCUUUGCUGCCACCUCAAGUGAGAAAUGGAGGCUGCAGCCUUCCACCUCCCAGUCUCCUAGGUGACAGCUGUGCCCUGGCAUCAGCAGUCCCCACCGGCUGGGAAAGAAGCUUCAGCUCAACCCACAGCCCAGUGGUGCUUUCCUCCCAUCCUGAGCUGUGCUUCUCCUCCGGGAGGCUCUCCAGGGCUUUCAGGGGUUUGCUGCCUACCAGCUGGAGUUCUCCACAGCUCUCUCAUGCUGCCAGGAGUUUCCUCUUCAUGUGGCUGCUCCUUUUGGCUGUGACAAGCCUCAGCAGUCCAGCUUGCAGCUCAAGGCUGGCUGGGCAGCACUGGCAGGAGAGAAAGCCAGGGAAGCUUUUUGUCUCCCGUGCCAGGAUUUGGCCAAGACUCUGUCUCAUGACCCAAGUGGCCUUUAGUUCUUAGGUCUAAGGCUGAGGUUAGGCUUAGAGCCCCAUUUGAGGGCAGGGAGGACAAAGAGCAGUCAGUGUGAUAAGCACCAGUGGCUCUUGUCAGGUAGCUCCUUCCCAAAGGCUGGGAGACUCUCUGCUGGCAAAGCAGUCUGGGGCUGGUGGUGCCUUGGGAGGGGCAGUCCUGGUGUGGUGGAGGUGCUGGGCUGGGCUCCUGCUGAUCCAAUGACACUUUAUACAACUGUGAUUUCUUGACAUUAAGGGUUUUGACCUGCAUUUUCACAGGGAAAAGAAAAAUAAAGCUGAAGAAAAAGAAGCAAA